GCCUCAUAUAAACCUUCCCACUCGGGCGAAGCGGACUCUGUGUUCCCAAAGGACGAGAGACCGGCCCUCGAGACCCAGACGGAAUGGGUGGGAUUCGUCACGCUGGGACCCUGCUGGUCUUGGCCGUCGGCCUCGAUCUCUGCAAUGCUGCAGCACUGAAACUUUGCAGGGACCCCAUUCAAAAAUUGAGUGGACCCUCGGACCCUCUGGCACAAUAUCCUCCGUGUGAUGGAACCCCAGGUUUCGCACGAAUAACUGGCAUCUCCACAGGGGCUUCCGGAGAAACCGUUUUCCAGUACAUGUCAAGUUCCCAAGGUUCUGGUAGUAGUUCGUCUUCAUCUUCUGGAGUGGCAUCAGGAUCAUCCAACCCUUGGCUUGGCUCUGUCGGUGGAGGCGGCUCUCAGUCCUCAGGCUCUCACUCCUCAGGCUCUCACUCCUCAGGCUCUCAGUCCUCUGUUAUUUCCGGCAGUUCAUCCAACACAAUUAUUCGGGGUAGUUCUGGAUCAGUUAUAGUUUCAGGAGUUGGAGUAGGUGGUGGUGGUGGUGCUGGUGGAGGCGGAGGAAGCUGGUCUGGGUCAUCUUCUGGAUCCAUGGGAGGUGGAGGUAUGUCUCAGCAAAACAAUCAACCAGUGCGUGGAGGAGGAUCAUCUUCUGGAUCCGUUAGUGGUGGAACAGGUGGUGGAUUAGUAUGGUCUGGUGGAGCUGGAGGAGGAGGAGGACAAGGAGGAUGGGCAGGUGGAGGAAGCUCAUCUCAGCAAAGCUCUGUGAUAUUUGGCGCUACACACAAUGAAGUCAUACGAGGAGGAGGAGCAUCAGGCUCUGCUGGUGGUGGAGUAGCAACAGGAGGAGGACAAGGAGGAUGGGCCGGUGGAGCUGGAGGUGGACAAGGAGGAUGGGCCGGUGGAGCUGGAGGUGGACAAGGAGGAUGGGCCGGUGCAACAGGAGGAGGACACGGAGGAUGGGCCGGUGGAGCUGGAGGUGGACAAGGAGGAUGGGCCGGUGGUGGACAGGGAGGAUGGGCCGGUGGUGGACAGGGAGGAGGAGCAUCAGGCUCUGCUGGUGGUGGAGUAGCAACAGGAGGAUGGGCUGGUGGAGCUGGAAGAGGACAAGGUGGAUGGGCCGGUGGAGGACAAUCUCAGCAGACUUCUGUUAUCUUUGGAGCUGGUUCUCCCGAUACUUUCAGACUUCCAGGAGGGAUAAAUCCCGCAGAUGUACCAGUGUCACCUGGAUGCGGUAAAAAUGCGACGACAGGUUCUAACGCUGUUAUUUUCGGAGCUACUGCUACGGAUCAAAUCAGAGGAGGCGGCGCAGGGGGCAUCGGAGGUGGUGGUGCAGGAGGUGGUGGUGGAUCUUCCCAGAUCUCCCAAUCUCAAGGGCUCGGCUUAAACAGCGGUCAAGGAAUGAAUCAAAUAUUAGGUGGAGGAGCUGGGAGUAACACCUAUGGAAGCUCUGUCAUCUUUGGAGCAAGAGAUAACCAGCCUUCAAUAGGUGGUUCCGUUGGCACAGGAGGAAGUAUAAGCGGGAGCUCUUCUGGAGGAUCGUGGUCUUCUGGUGGGUCUUCUGGUGGAGUUGGAGGUUCUUCAGGUGGAACUGGCGGGUCUUCUGGUUCUUCACAGUCGGGGUUGAAAUUCCCCCAGUCGGGCCGGUAGAUCCAUGCUGGAAGCCACAUCAGUAAUUUGGAAAUUCCGAUUCCACCUCCCAUCAACCGCUGUACAAAACCAAUUAGAAAGAGAAAUGUAUAUAUUUAUUUUUGUACCAAAUCUCCCCGUUUCAGCCAUUUCCUAGUUUGACAAAAUGAAUCAUCGUACGUACAGGUGCUUGAACGCACCAGCCGUCCAGACGGAUCCUUGGCUGCGAUUUUGUGGUCAGUGUAGACCCUGACCUUUUGUUUUUAGUCGUUAGAUUGGCCCCUCGGAGGGCACCGUUUGUUACAUUGCUUUGUUUUGUAUCUGUAACUUGAAAAUAAAACUUAAAGCCUGAA